AUGUCUCCCCAGCCUGACACACAUACAUUUCAAUUACAGAAACAUAUAAGCAUCAUAGAUCACCAGCCUCUGAGGAUGCACUGUAACUGCUGUGCCCUGGUGUCCAGCUCGGGCCACCUUACUGGCAGUAACCGAGGGGACGAAAUUGACCGCACCGGGUGCGUCAUCCGCAUGAACAAUGCCCCAAACGGAAACAAUUUCAAACAGGAUGUGGGCCGGCGCACUAGCCUGCGCGUCAUCGCCCACUCCAGCGUGCAGAGGGUGCUGCAGAGACGGCAGGAGCUGCUCAACGCCAACCAGGACUCUGUCUUCCUCUUCUGGGGACCCACCAGCGCCAUGCGACGCGACGGCAAGGGCAGGGUCUUCAACAACCUGCGUCUGAUCAACCAGCUGCUUCCCAAGCUCAAGGUCUACGUCAUCUCCCCCCUCAAGAUGCUGGAGUUUGACGAGCUCUUCAAAAAUGAAACGGGAAAAGACAGGAAGACCUCUAACUCGUGGCUGACCACUGGCUGGUUCACCAUGGCCAUUGCCCUGGAACUCUGUGACAGGGUCAAUGUCUAUGGCAUGGUGGCUCCGGACUUCUGCAGUACUCCCUCUCAUCUCUCGGUGCCGUAUCAUUACUAUGAGCCCUCUGGCCCAGACGAAUGCUCCCUGUAUCUCUCCCACGAGCACAACCAGAGCGGCGGCCACCACCGCUUCAUCACGGAGAAAACAGUGUUCGCCAACUGGGCCCAGAAGUAUGACAUCCACUUCUACCAGCCAGACUGGAGCCCGUCCUCCGCUCUCAAUGGAAGCAGCUCACACACACCUGCUCCAGCUGUCUCCUGAUACCAGACAGACAGUCAGACUGACAGACAGAAAGGUCCACAGGACCCGUGGCGAUCCGUCAUUCAGGGCAGGUGGGGAAGAGCCCCACCUGUUUUGA